AUGAAGGAGAGUCCAGGGGUGAAGGCCGCUGUCACCCUGGGGUCCCGGGUUGGCGCUCGUGUAGGUUAUUGGAACCGGGACCUGGGAGAGCUGGGAGGAGGGGGCCUGGGGGCAACUCACUUCCUGUCCCCGUGUCCCCCACAGGCCCCUGCCGGGCAGCGUCCACUUCCUGCUCCUGGUCUUCCUGAAGGUGCCCCUGCUCCUGGGUCUGCUGGGUGCUGUCCUCUGGGUCAACAGGCCUCUGAGGAGCUCGGGGGGGGAGCCCCAGGAAAACCAGCAGCCCCCAUGGUCUUCAACGCUGUCCAGAGAGAAAGACCCUCAAACAGAAGAAAAAGGCAUUUCUUGCAGGCAGUGACGGUGGUCAGCGGCACCGUGGUGGUUCUCGAGGCAGCGUGGCCCCCCGCCUCAAGAAUCAGUCCCCUAGUCCCUGGAAACCUGCUGCUGUGA